ACUAUGAAAAAUCACACACCAGUAACAACCUUUAUUCUUCUUGGACUGACAGACGAUCCACAAUUGCAAGUGGUCAUUUUUCUCCUCCUUUUCUUCACCUACAUGUUGAGCGUGGCUGGAAACCUAACCAUCAUCACACUCACCCUUCUGGAUUCACAUCUAAAGACACCCAUGUAUUUCUUUCUUAGAAAUUUCUCCUUUUUAGAAAUCUCAUUCACAACCGUCUGCAUCCCCAAAUUUCUGUUCAGUAUGGCAACAGGUGAUAAAACCAUUUCUUACAACAGUUGUGCAGCACAGCUGUUUUUCACUAUUCUGUUGGGGGCAACAGAGUUUUUCCUCUUAGCUGCCAUGUCUUAUGACCGCUAUGUGGCUAUCUGCAAACCCCUGCACUACACCACCAUCAUGAGUGGCAGAGUCUGCAAUUUGUUGGUCUUUGCUUCAUGGUUAUCUGGUUUCAUUAUCAUUUUUCCAGCUCUCAUUAUGGGCCUUCAGCUUGAUUUCUGUGCUGCCAAUGCUGUAGACCAUUUCUUCUGUGAUGUUUCUCCAAUACUACAACUCUCCUGCACAGAUACUAAAACAAUAGAGCUAAUGGAACUUAUCUCAGCCAUUCUGACUCUCUUGGUUACCCUGGUACUAGUGAUUAUCUCCUACACAAAGAUCAUCAAAACUAUUCUGCAGAUUCCUUCUUCUCAACAGAGGAAGAAAGCCUUUUCUACGUGUUCCUCUCACAUGGUCGUUGUGUCCAUUUCUUAUGGCAGUUGCAUCUUCAUGUAUGUGAAACCCUCAGCAAAGGAGAGAGUGUCUUUAAAUAAAGGGAUCGCUCUGCUCAGUACUUCUGUUGCUCCCAUGUUGAAUCCCUUCAUUUACACACUGAGAAACAAACAAGUAAAAGAUGCUUUCAAGCACAUCCUCAAAAAAUUUGAGUUUUUCUCAUUAAAAUGA